AUGGCAACCAUCGUCAUCGUCCCGGGAUCUUUUAUUCUUGCCUCCAGCUACGAGAAACAGAUUGCGAGCCUCACAGCUGCCGGCAUCCCCGCCCAGGCUGUAGACUUACCUUCCGUCGGCCCUCGCGCUGAAGGCGCUGCCACCAUGACCGACGAUGUCGAUGCGAUUGUGCGUGUUGUUGAGCCGCUACUGGACGCAGGCACCCAGGUUGUUCUCAUGACGCACUCGUACGGCGGCAUCCCCGGGACGCAGAGCAUGCAGCACAUUUCCAAGAAGUCGAGAGAGGCUGCAGGCAAGAAGGGCGGCGUCGACACCAUCAUCUACUUGACGUCUCUGAUCCUACCUGUUGGCAUGUCCAGCACGGAUAUGAUGGGCGAAGAUCUAGGCGGACGCGCAACGCUCAAAGACAACGUUUUGCACAUCAACGACCCCUCCGAGCAAGAAACGAUAACCUUUUCGGAUCUCGAGCCUGCCGAGGCCAAGAUCUGGGCGGCAAAGCUCACCACGCACUCGUACCUCAGCUUUUCUGAGAAGCUCACGUAUCCGGGAUACAGCGAUGCCAAGGUGCACUAUCUUCUGGCAGAGAAGGAUAAGCUUGUCCCCCCAGAGUCGCAGCGGUCCAUGAUUGAGCUGCUCAAGGCCAACACUAGCCAUGUGGAGGUGCACUCUAUGCAGGUUGAUCAUUGUCCUAUUGCCAGCAAGCCAGCCGAAGUGACUGCCGUUGUGAAGAGCAUUCUUGCCCGCCCAGACGCCAAGCCGAGUUUGUAG